AUGAAAAAAAGAUUAUCCGCCUUUUUUGUCCCUCAAGACAAUCUGGAAAUAUUGGAAAAAUCUACUAUUGAACCAUCCCCUGCAGCCCUUUUAACCCCACCAGUACUCUUUAUGGAUAAAGAUACAGUUACCAUAUCUAUUCUAAAAGCCUGCUUAGAAGUGAUGUCAAAAGAAAUAAAAAAUGAGCUGAAUGAUAAAUUCACAGAAAUAGAAUCAGAUCUGGUCCUGAUAGGUGAAAGAAUCCUAAAAUUAGAAGAUAAAGAUCAAGAAAGAGAAGAGCAGUUGAUCAAGAUAAUAGAGUCGCAGGAUAAGGUAAAGACUAAUACUGAGUGA